CCAUUGGCCCCAGGUUAUCCAGGAACUCCAUCCCCAACUAAGAGUAAGGAGCCAUCUCCAGAAAUCGAGCCCCACAAACUCCCAAGUAUUCCUCAAUCCACCCGUGACGCGGAACCACACCAUAUUCCUAGCAAGCCCGAACCGGUGUCUCCAUCUUUGACCAAACAACCAGAACCUGAGCGUAAGCCUGAUACGUCCAAACUCGUGUCUCCUGUCCAAGACACCCAACAGCCUGAUGACAAGCAGCAACCUCAAUUGCCCAUAACCCACAAAGCAACUGUGUCCCCAACUGAAAGUAGAGAGCAAUCUCCAGAACCAGAACCUCACAAACCUUCAAUUACUUCUCAGUUUACUAGUGUUACUAAGACGACCGUGACGGAAAUUGUGCACCAUGCACAUGAUGUUUCUCGCAAGCCCCAAUCGGAGUCCCCAUCUUCAUCAAGAGAGUCAUCGCCUGAGCCUGAAUCUCAUAUCUCCAAGCCCGUGCUUCCCGAACAGACAGAGAAAGCCCCUGACGACCUAAAGAAAUUACCGUUGCCAUUACCAUUGCACCCAACUGAAAAGGAGCCCUCAUCUCCAGUUGAAAGUGACAAAGCAUCUCCAGAACCCCAGUCCAAGGCACCUUCACUCCUUUCUCAAGUGAUCAGUGCCACUAAGACGACUGUCACAGAAAUGUUAAAGAAAACUGGUGAUCUUCCUUCUGAUCGCGAACCACAACCAAAAUCUGUGUCAAGAGAACCGUCACCUGAGCCUAAACUCCAUGCUGUCAAGCCUACCGAAUUGGUGGAGGACAAGGAAAAACCUCAAGAUUCGGAGAAGCCAUCGCUUCCCGAAACCCGAAAACAAGUCCCAUCUCCAACUGAGACUAGGGAUGUUUUAUCGGAACCAGAGAAGCAGCAGCCUGACUUCACCUCCGUUACAAAGACAACCGUCACACAGAUUGUACGCAAAACGGAGGGUAUUCCUGCUGACACUGAACGUCGGUCUCCAUCGCCAUCAAGGGAACCGUCACCAGAGCCUAAGUCUGAUGCAUUGAAACCCGUUUCACCUGACCACGGGAAAGAACAGCCUGACGAGUUGAAACCACUCCCAUUGGCCCCAGGUCAUCCAGGAACUCCAUCCCCAACUAAGAGUAAGGAGCCAUCUCCAGAAAUCGAGCCCCACAAACUCCCAAGUAUUCCUCAAUCCACCCGUGACGCGGAACCACACCAUGUUCCUAGCAAGCCCGAACCGGUGUCUCCAUCUUUGACCAAGCAACCAGAACCUGAGCGUAAGCCUGAUACGUCCAAACUCGUGUCUCCUGUCCAAGACACCCAACAGCCUGAUGACAAGCAGCAACCUCAAUUGCCCAUAACCCACAAAGCAACUGUGUCCCCAGCUGAAAGUAGAGAGCAAUCUCCAGAACCAGAACCCCACAAACCUUCAAUUACUUCUCAGUUUACUAGUGUUACUAAGACGACCGUGACGGAAAUUGUGCACCAUGCACAUGAUGUUUCUCGCAAGCCCCAAUCGGAGUCCCCAUCUUCAUCAAGAGAGUCAUCGCCUGAGCCUGAAUCUCAUAUCUCCAAGCCCGUGCUUCCCGAACAGACAGAGAAAGCCCCUGACGACCUAAAGAAAUUACCGUUGCCAUUACCAUUGCACCCAACUGAAAAGGAGCCCUCAUCUCCAGUUGAAAGUGACAAAGCAUCUCCAGAACCCCAGUCCAAGGCACCUUCACUCCUUUCUCAAAUGACCAGUGUCACUAAAACGACUGUCACAGAAAUUUUAAAGGAAACUGGUGAUCUUCCUUCUGAUCGCGAACCACAACCAAAAUCUGUGUCAAGAGAACCGUCACCUGAGCCUAAACUCCAUGCUGUCAAGCCUACCGAAUUGGUGGAGGACAAGGAAAAACCUCAAGAUUCGGAGAAGCCAUCGCUUCCCGAAACCCGAAAACAAGUCCCAUCUCCAACUGAGACUAGGGAUGUUUUAUCGGAACCAGAGAAGCAGCAGCCUGACUUCACCUCCGUUACAAAGACAACCGUCACACAGAUUGUACGUAAAACGGAGGGUGUUCCUGCUGACACUGAACGUCGGUCUCCAUCGCCAUCAAGGGAACCGUCACCAGAGCCUAAGUCUGAUGCAUUGAAACCCGUUUCACCUGUCCACGGGAAAGAACAGCCUGACGAGUUGAAGCCACUCCCAUUGGCCCCAGGUCAUCCAGGAACUCCAUCCCCAACUAAGAGUAAGGAGCCAUCUCCAGAAAUCGAGCCCCACAAACUCCCAAGUAUUCCUCAAUCCACCCGUGACGCGGAACCACACCAUGUUCCUAGCAAGCCCGAACCGGUGUCUCCAUCUUUGACCAAGCAACCAGAACCUGAGCGUAAGCCUGAUACGUCCAAACUCGUGUCUCCUGUCCAAGACACCCAACAGCCUGAUGACAAGCAGCAACCUCAAUUGCCCAUAACCCACAAAGCAACUGUGUCCCCAGCUGAAAGUAGAGAGCAAUCUCCAGAACCAGAACCCCACAAACCUUCAAUUACUUCUCAGUUUACUAGUGUUACUAAGACGACCGUGACGGAAAUUGUGCACCAUGCACAUGAUGUUUCUCGCAAGCCCCAAUCGGAGUCCCCAUCUUCAUCAAGAGAGUCAUCGCCUGAGCCUGAAUCUCAUAUCUCCAAGCCCGUGCUUCCCGAACAGACAGAGAAAGCCCCUGACGACCUAAAGAAAUUACCGUUGCCAUUACCAUUGCACCCAACAGAAAAGGAGCCCUCAUCUCCAGUUGAAAGUGACAAAGCAUCUCCAGAACCCCAGUCCAAGGCACCUUCACUCCUUUCUCAAAUGACCAGUGUCACUAAAACGACUGUCACAGAAAUUUUAAAGGAAACUGGUGAUCUUCCUUCUGAUCGCGAACCACAACCAAAAUCUGUGUCAAGAGAACCGUCACCUGAGCCUAAACUCCAUGCUGUCAAGCCUACCGAAUUGGUGGAGGACAAGGAAAAACCUCAAGAUUCGGAGAAGCCAUCGCUUCCCGAAACCCGAAAACAAGUCCCAUCUCCAACUGAGACUAGGGAUGUUUUAUCAGAACCAGAGAAGCAGCAGCCUGACUUCACCUCCGUUACAAAGACAACCGUCACACAGAUUGUACGCAAAACGGAGGGUGUUCCUGCUGACACUGAACGUCGGUCUCCAUCGCCAUCAAGGGAACCGUCACCAGAGCCUAAGUCUGAUGCAUUGAAACCCGUUUCACCUGUCCACGGGAAAGAACAGCCUGACGAGUUGAAACCACUCCCAUUGGCCCCAGGUCAUCCAGGAACUCCAUCCCCAACUAAGAGUAAGGAGCCAUCUCCAGAAAUCGAGCCCCACAAACUCUCAAGUAUUCCUCAAUCCACCCGUGACGCGGAACCACACCAUGUUCCUAGCAAGCCCGAACCGGUGUCUCCAUCUUUGACCAAGCAACCAGAACCUGAGCGUAAGCCUGAUACGUCCAAACUCGUGUCUCCUGUCCAAGACACCCAACAGCCUGAUGACAAGCAGCAACCUCAAUUGCCCAUAACCCACAAAGCAACUGUGUCCCCAACUGAAAGUAGAGAGCAAUCUCCAGAACCAGAACCCCACAAACCUUCAAUUACUUCUCAGUUUACUAGUGUUACUAAGACGACCGUGACGGAAAUGGUGCACCAUGCACAUGAUGUUUCUCACAAGCCCCAAUCGGAGUCACCUUCUUCAUCAAGAGAGUCAUCGCCUGAGCCUGAAUCUCAUAUCUCCAAGCCCGUGCUUCCCGAACAGGCAGAGAAAGCCCCUGACGACCUAAAGAAAUUACCGUUGCCAUUACCAUUGCACCCAACUGAAAAGGAGCCCUCAUCUCCAGUUGAAAGUGACAAAGCAUCUCCAGAACCCCAGUCCAAGGCACCUUCACUCCUUUCUCAAAUGACCAGUGUCACUAAAACGACUGUCACAGAAAUUUUAAAGGAAACUGGUGAUCUUCCUUCUGAUCGCGAACCACAACCAAAAUCUGUGUCAAGAGAACCGUCACCUGAGCCUAAACUCCAUGCUGUCAAGCCUACCGAAUUGGUGGAGGACAAGGAAAAACCUCAAGAUUCGGAGAAGCCAUCGCUUCCCGAAACCCGAAAACAAGUCCCAUCUCCAACUGAGACUAGGGAUGUUUUAUCGGAACCAGAGAAGCAGCAGCCUGACUUCACCUCCGUUACAAAGACAACCGUGACACAGAUUGUACGCAAAACGGAGGGUGUUCCUGCUGACACUGAACGUCGGUUUCCAUCGCCAUCAAGGGAACCGUCACCAGAGCCUAAGUCUGAUGCAUUGAAACCCGUUUCACCUGUCCACGGGAAAGAAGAGCCUGACGAGUUGAAGCCACUCCCAUUGGCCCCAGGUCAUCCAGGAACUCCAUCCCCAACUAAGAGUAAGGAGCCAUCUCCAGAAAUCGAGCCCCACAAACUCCCAAGUAUUCCUCAAUCCACCCGUGACGCGGAACCACACCAUGUUCCUAGCAAGCCCGAACCGGUGUCUCCAUCUUUGACCAAGGAACCAGAACCUGAGCGUAAGCCUGAUACGUCCAAACUCGUGUCUCCUGUCCAAGACACCCAACAGCCUGAUGACAAGCAGCAACCUCAAUUGCCCAUAACCCACAAAGCAACUGUGUCCCCAGCUGAAAGUAGAGAGCAAUCUCCAGAACCAGAACCCCACAAACCUUCAAUUACUUCUCAGUUUACUAGUGUUACUAAGACGACCGUGACGGAAAUGGUGCACCAUGCACAUGAUGUUUCUCACAAGCCCCAAUCGGAGUCCCCUUCUUCAUCAAGAGAGUCAUCGCCUGAGCCUGAAUCUCAUAUCUCCAAGCCCGUGCUUCCCGAACAGGCAGAGAAAGCCCCUGACGACCUAAAGAAAUUACCGUUGCCAUUACCAUUGCACCCAACUGAAAAGGAGCCCUCAUCUCCAGUUGAAAGUGACAAAGCAUCUCCAGAACCCCAGUCCAAGGCACCUUCACUCCUUUCUCAAAUGACCAGUGUCACUAAAACGACUGUCACAGAAAUUUUAAAGGAAACUGGUGAUCUUCCUUCUGAUCGCGAACCACAACCAAAAUCUGUGUCAAGAGAACCGUCACCUGAGCCUAAACUCCAUGCUGUCAAGCCUACCGAAUUGGUGGAGGACAAGGAAAAACCUCAAGAUUCGGAGAAGCCAUCGCUUCCCGAAACCCGAAAACAAGUCCCAUCUCCAACUGAGACUAGGGAUGUUUUAUCGGAACCAGAGAAGCAGCAGCCUGACUUCACCUCCGUUACAAAGACAACCGUCACACAGAUUGUACGCAAAACGGAGGGUGUUCCUGCUGACACUGAACGUCGGUCUCCAUCGCCACCAAGGGAACCGUCACCAGAGCCUAAGUCUGAUGCAUUCAAACCCGUUUCACCUGUCCAUGGGAAAGAAGAGCCUGACGAGUUGAAACCACUCCCAUUGGCCCCAGGUCAUCCAGGAACUCCAUCCCCAACUAAGAGUAAGGAGCCAUCUCCAGAAAUCGAGCCCCACAAACUCCCAAGUAUUCCUCAAUCCACCCGUGACGCGGAACCACACCAUGUUCCUAGCAAGCCCGAACCGGUGUCUCCAUCUUUGACCAAGCAACCAGAACCUGAGCGUAAGCCUGAUACGUCCAAACUCGUGUCUCCUGUCCAAGACACCCAACAGCCUGAUGACAAGCAGCAACCUCAAUUGCCCAUAACCCACAAAGCAACUGUGUCCCCAGCUGAAAGUAGAGAGCAAUCUCCAGAACCAGAACCUCACAAACCUUCAAUUACUUCUCAGUUUACUAGUGUUACUAAGACGACCGUGACGGAAAUGGUGCACCAUGCACAUGAUGUUUCUCGCAAGCCUCAAUCGGAGUCCCCAUCUUCAUCAAGAGAGUCAUCGCCUGAGCCUGAAUCUCAUAUCUCCAAGCCCGUGCUUCCCGAACAGACAGAGAAAGCCCCUGACGACCUAAAGAAAUUACCAUUGCACCCAACUGAAAAGGACCCCUCAUCUCCAGUUGAAAGUGACAAAGCAUCUCCAGAACCCCAGCCCAAGGCACCUUCACUCCUUUCUCAAGUGACCAGUGUCACUAAGACGACUGUCACAGGAAUGUUAAAGGAAACUGGUGAUCUUCCUUCUGAUCGCGAACCACAACCAAAAUCUGUGUCAAGAGAACCGUCACCUGAGCCUAAACUCCACGCUGUCAAGCCUACCGAAUUGGUGGAGGCCAAGGAAAAACCGGAAGAUUCGGAGAAGCCAUCGCUUCCCGAAACCCGAAAACAAGUCCCGUCUCCAACUGAGACUAGGGAUAUUUUAUCGGAACCAGAGAAGCAGCAGCCUGACUUCACCUCCGUUACAAAGACAACCGUCACACAGAUUGUACGUAAAACGGAGGGUGUUCCUGCUGACACUGAACGUCGGUCUCCAUCGCCAUCAAGGGAACCGUCACCAGAGCCUAAGUCUGAUGCAUUCAAACCCGUUUCACCUGUCCAUGGGAAAGAAGAGCCUGACGAGUUGAAACCACUCCCAUUGGCCCCAGGUCAUCCAGGAACUCCAUCCCCAACUAAGAGUAAGGAGCCAUCUCCAGAAAUCGAGCCCCACAAACUCCCAAGUAUUCCUCAAUCCACCCGUGACGCGGAACCACACCAUGUUCCUAGCAAGCCCGAACCGGUGUCUCCAUCUUUGACCAAGCAACCAGAACCUGAGCGUAAGCCUGAUACGUCCAAACUCGUGUCUCCUGUCCAAGACACCCAACAGCCUGAUGACAAGCAGCAACCUCAAUUGCCCAUAACCCACAAAGCAACUGUGUCCCCAACUGAAAGUAGAGAGCAAUCUGCAGAACCAGAACCCCACAAACCUUCAAUUACUUCUCAGUUUACUAGUGUUACUAAGACGACCGUGACGGAAAUGGUGCACCAUGCACAUGAUGUUUCUCGCAAGCCCCAAUCGGAGUCCCCAUCUUCAUCAAGAGAGUCAUCGCCUGAGCCUGAAUCUCAUAUCUCCAAGCCCGUGCUUCCCGAACAGACAGAGAAAACCCCUGACGACCUAAAGAAAUUACCAUUGCACCCAACUGAAAAGGAGCCCUCAUCUCCAGUUGAAAGUGACAAAGCAUCUCCAGAACCCCAGCCCAAGGCACCUUCACUCCUUUCUCAAGUGACCAGUGUCACUAAGACGACUGUCACAGAAAUGUUAAAGGAAACUGGUGAUCUUCCUUCUGAUCGCGAACCACAACCAAAAUCUGUGUCAAGAGAACCGUCACCUGAGCCUAAACUCCACGCUGUCAAGCCUACCGAAUUGGUGGAGGCCAAGGAAAAACCGGAAGAUUCGGAGAAGCCAUCGCUUCCCGAAACCCGAAAACAAGUCCCGUCUCCAGCUGAGACUAGGGAUGUUUUAUCGGAACCAGAGAAGCAGCAGCCUGACUUCACCUCCGUUACAAAGACAACCGUCACACAGAUUGUACGCAAAACGGAGGGUGUUCCUGCUGACACUGAACGUCGGUCUCCAUCGCCAUCAAGGGAACCUUCACCAGAGCCUAAGUCUGAUGCAUUGAAACCCGUUUCACCUGUCCAUGGGAAAGAAGAGCCUGACGAGUUGAAACCACUCCCAUUGGCCCCAGGUCAUCCAGGAACUCCAUCCCCAACUAAGAGUAAGGAGCCAUCUCCAGAAAUCGAGCCCCACAAACUCCCAAGUAUUCCUCAAUCCACCCGUGACGCGGAACCACACCAUGUUCCUAGCAAGCCCGAACCGGUGUCUCCAUCUUUGACCAAGCAACCAGAACCUGAGCGUAAGCCUGAUACGUCCAAACUCGUGUCUCCUGUCCAAGACACCCAACAGCCUGAUGGCAAGCAGCAACCUCAAUUGCCCAUAACCUACAAAGCAACUGUGUCCCCAACUGAAAGUAGAGAGCAAUCUCCACAACCAGAACCCCACAAACCUUCAAUUACUUCUCAGUUUACUAGUGUUACUAAGACGACCGUGACGGAAAUUGUGCACCAUGCAAAUGAUGUUUCUCGCAAGCCCCAAUCGGAGUCCCCAUCUUCAUCAAGAGAGUCAUCGCCUGAGCCUGAAUCUCAUAUCUCCAAGCCCGUGCUUCCCGAACAGACAGACAAAGCCCCUGACGACCUAAAGAAAUUACCGUUGCCAUUACCAUUGCACCCAACUGAAAAGGAGCCCUCAUCUCCAGUUGAAAGUGACAAAGCAUCUCCAGAACCCCAGUCCAAGGCACCUUCACUCCUUUCUCAAGUGAUCAGUGCCACUAAGACGACUGUCACAGAAAUGUUAAAGAAAACUGGUGAUCUUCCUUCUGAUCGCGAACCACAACCAAAAUCUGUGUCAAGAGAACCGUCACCUGAGCCUAAACUCCAUGCUGUCAAGCCUACCGAAUUGGUGGAGGACAAGGAAAAACCUCAAGAUUCGGAGAAGCCAUCGCUUCCCGAAACCCGAAAACAAGUCCCAUCUCCAACUGAGACUAGGGAUGUUUUAUCGGAACCAGAGAAGCAGCAGCCUGACUUCACCUCCGUUACAAAGACAACCGUCACACAGAUUGUACGCAAAACGGAGGGUAUUCCUGCUGACACUGAACGUCGGUCUCCAUCGCCAUCAAGGGAACCGUCACCAGAGCCUAAGUCUGAUGCAUUGAAACCCGUUUCACCUGACCACGGGAAAGAACAGCCUGACGAGUUGAAGCCACUCCCAUUGGCCCCAGGUCAUCCAGGAACUCCAUCCCCAACUAAGAGUAAGGAGCCAUCUCCAGAAAUCGAGCCCCACAAACUCCCAAGUAUUCCUCAAUCCACCCGUGACGCGGAACCACACCAUGUUCCUAGCAAGCCCGAACCGGUGUCUCCAUCUUUGACCAAGCAACCAGAACCUGAGCGUAAGCCUGAUACGUCCAAACUCGUGUCUCCUGUCCAAGACACCCAACAGCCUGAUGACAAGCAGCAACCUCAAUUGCCCAUAACCCACAAAGCAACUGUGUCCCCAGCUGAAAGUAGAGAGCAAUCUCCAGAACCAGAACCUCACAAACCUUCAAUUACUUCUCAGUUUACUAGUGUUACUAAGACGACCGUGACGGAAAUGGUGCACCAUGCACAUGAUGUUUCUCACAAGCCCCAAUCGGAGUCCCCUUCUUCAUCAAGAGAGUCAUCGCCUGAGCCUGAAUCUCAUAUCUCCAAGCCCGUGCUUCCCGAACAGGCAGAGAAAGCCCCUGACGACCUAAAGAAAUUACCGUUGCCAUUACCAUUGCACCCAACUGAAAAGGAGCCCUCAUCUCCAGUUGAAAGUGACAAAGCAUCUCCAGAACCCCAGUCCAAGGCACCUUCACUCCUUUCUCAAAUGACCAGUGUCACUAAAACGACUGUCACAGAAAUUUUAAAGGAAACUGGUGAUCUUCCUUCUGAUCGCGAACCACAACCAAAAUCUGUGUCAAGAGAACCGUCACCUGAGCCUAAACUCCAUGCUGUCAAGCCUACCGAAUUGGUGGAGAACAAGGAAAAACCUCAAGAUUCGGAGAAGCCAUCGCUUCCCGAAACCCGAAAACAAGUCCCAUCUCCAACUGAGACUAGGGAUGUUUUAUCGGAACCAGAGAAGCAGCAGCCUGACUUCACCUCCGUUACAAAGACAACCGUGACACAGAUUGUCCGCAAAACGGAGGGUGUUCCUGCUGACACUGAACGUCGGUUUCCAUCGCCAUCAAGGGAACCGUCACCAGAGCCUAAGUCUGAUGCAUUCAAACCCGUUUCACCUGUCCACGGGAAAGAAGAGCCUGACGAGUUGAAGCCACUCCCAUUGGCCCCAGGUCAUCCAGGAACUCCAUCCCCAACUAAGAGUAAGGAGCCAUCUCCAGAAAUCGAGCCCCACAAACUCCCAAGUAUUCCUCAAUCCACCCGUGACGCGGAACCACACCAUGUUCCUAGCAAGCCCGAACCGGUGUCUCCAUCUUUGACCAAACAACCAGAACCUGAGCGUAAGCCUGAUACGUCCAAACUCGUGUCUCCUGUCCAAGACACCCAACAGCCUGAUGACAAGCAGCAACCUCAAUUGCCCAUAACCCACAAAGCAACUGUGUCCCCAGCUGAAAGUAGAGAGCAAUCUCCAGAACCAGAACCCCACAAACCUUCAAUUACUUCUCAGUUUACUAGUGUUACUAAGACGACCGUGACGGAAAUGGUGCACCAUGCACAUGAUGUUUCUCGCAAGCCCCAAUGGGAGUCCCCUUCUUCAUCAAGAGAGUCAUCGCCUGAGCCUGAAUCUCAUAUCUCCAAGCCCGUGCUUCCCGAACAGGCAGAGAAAGCCCCUGACGACCUAAAGAAAUUACCGUUGCCAUUACCAUUGCACCCAACUGAAAAGGAGCCCUCAUCUCCAGUUGAAAGUGACAAAGCAUCUCCAGAACCCCAGUCCAAGGCACCUUCACUCCUUUCUCAAAUGACCAGUGUCACUAAAACGACUGUCACAGAAAUUUUAAAGGAAACUGGUGAUCUUCCUUCUGAUCGCGAACCACAACCAAAAUCUGUGUCAAGAGAACCGUCACCUGAGCCUAAACUCCAUGCUGUCAAGCCUACCGAAUUGGUGGAGGACAAGGAAAAACCUCAAGAUUCGGAGAAGCCAUCGCUUCCCGAAACCCGAAAACAAGUCCCAUCUCCAACUGAGACUAGGGAUGUUUUAUCGGAACCAGAGAAGCAGCAGCCUGACUUCACCUCCGUUACAAAGACAACCGUCACACAGAUUGUACGCAAAACGGAGGGUGUUCCUGCUGACACUGAACGUCGGUCUCCAUCGCCACCAAGGGAACCGUCACCAGAGCCUAAGUCUGAUGCAUUGAAACCCGUUUCACCUGUCCACGGGAAAGAACAGCCUGACGAGUUGAAGCCACUCCCAUUGGCCCCAGGUCAUCCAGGAACUCCAUCCCCAACUAAGAGUAAGGAGCCAUCUCCAGAAAUCGAGCCCCACAAACUCCCAAGUAUUCCUCAAUCCACCCGUGACGCGGAACCACACCAUGUUCCUAGCAAGCCCGAACCGGUGUCUCCAUCUUUGACCAAGCAACCAGAACCUGAGCGUAAGUCUGAUACGUCCGAACUCGUGUCUCCUGUCCAAGACACCCAACAGCCUGAUGACAAGCAGCAACCUCAAUUGCCCAUAACCCACAAAGCAACUGUGUCCCCAACUGAAAGUAGAGAGCAAUCUCCAGAACCAGAACCCCACAAACCUUCAAUUACUUCUCAGUUUACUAGUGUUACUAAGACGACCGUGACGGAAAUGGUGCACCAUGCACAUGAUGUUUCUCGCAAGCCCCAAUCGGAGUCCCCAUCUUCAUCAAGAGAGUCAUCGCCUGAGCCUGAAUCUCAUAUCUCCAAGCCCGUGCUUCCCGAACAGACAGAGAAAGCCCCUGACGACCUAAAGAAAUUACCAUUGCACCCAACUGAAAAGGACCCCUCAUCUCCAGUUGAAAGUGACAAAGCAUCUCCAGAACCCCAGCCCAAGGCACCUUCACUCCUUUCUCAAGUGACCAGUGUCACUAAAACGACUGUCACAGGAAUGUUAAAGGAAACUGGUGAUCUUCCUUCUGAUCGCGAACCACAACCAAAAUCUGUGUCAAGAGAACCGUCACCUGAGCCUAAACUCCACGCUGUCAAGCCUACCGAAUUGGUGGAGGCCAAGGAAAAACCUGAAGAUUCGGAGAAGCCAUCGCUUCCCGAAACCCGAAAACAAGUCCCGUCUCCAACUGAGACUAGGGAUAUUUUAUCGGAACCAGAGAAGCAGCAGCCUGACUUCACCUCCGUUACAAAGACAACCGUCACACAGAUUGUACGUAAAACGGAGGGUGUUCCUGCUGACACUGAACGUCGGUCUCCAUCGCCAUCAAGGGAACCGUCAGCAGAGCCUAAGUCUGAUGCAUUCAAACCCGUUUCACCUGUCCAUGGGAAAGAAGAGCCUGACGAGUCGAAACCACUCCCAUUGGCCCCAGGUCAUCCAGGAACUCCAUCCCCAACUAAGAGUAAGGAGCCAUCUCCAGAAAUCGAGCCCCACAAACUCCCAAGUAUUCCUCAAUCCACCCGUGACGCGGAACCACACCAUGUUCCUAGCAAGCCCGAACCGGUGUCUCCAUCUUUGACCAAGCAACCAGAACCUGAGCGUAAGCCUGAUACGUCCAAACUCGUGUCUCCUGUCCAAGACACCCAACAGCCUGAUGACAAGCAGCAACCUCAAUUGCCCAUAACCUACAAAGCAACUGUGUCCCCAACUGAAAGUAGAGAGCAAUCUGCAGAACCAGAACCCCACAAACCUUCAAUUACUUCUCAGUUUACUAGUGUUACUAAGACGACCGUGACGGAAAUGGUGCACCAUGCACAUGAUGUUUCUCGCAAGCCCCAAUCGGAGUCCCCAUCUUCAUCAAGAGAGUCAUCGCCUGAGCCUGAAUCUCAUAUCUCCAAGCCCGUGCUUCCCGAACAGACAGAGAAAACCCCUGACGACCUAAAGAAAUUACCAUUGCACCCAACUGAAAAGGAGCCCUCAUCUCCAGUUGAAAGUGACAAAGCAUCUCCAGAACCCCAGCCCAAGGCACCUUCAGUCCUUUCUCAAGUGACCAGUGUCACUAAGACGACUGUCACAGAAAUGUUAAAGGAAACUGGUGAUCUUCCUUCUGAUCGCGAACCACAACCAAAAUCUGUGUCAAGAGAACCGUCACCUGAGCCUAAACUCCACGCUGUCAAGCCUACCGAAUUGGUGGAGGCCAAGGAAAAACCGGAAGAUUCGGAGAAGCCAUCGCUUCCCGAAACCCGAAAACAAGUCCCGUCUCCAGCUGAGACUAGGGAUGUUUUAUCGGAACCAGAGAAGCAGCAGCCUGACUUCACCUCCGUUACAAAGACAACCGUCACACAGAUUGUACGCAAAACGGAGGGUGUUCCUGCUGACACUGAACGUCGGUCUCCAUCGCCAUCAAGGGAACCUUCACCAGAGCCUAAGUCUGAUGCAUUGAAACCCGUUUCACCUGUCCAUGGGAAAGAAGAGCCUGACGAGUUGAAACCACUCCCAUUGGCCCCAGGUCAUCCAGGAACUCCAUCCCCAACUAAGAGUAAGGAGCCAUCUCCAGAAAUCGAGCCCCACAAACUCCCAAGUAUUCCUCAAUCCACCCGUGACGCGGAACCACACCAUGUUCCUAGCAAGCCCGAACCGGUGUCUCCAUCUUUGACCAAGCAACCAGAACCUGAGCGUAAGCCUGAUACGUCCAAACUCGUGUCUCCUGUCCAAGACACCCAACAGCCUGAUGGCAAGCAGCAACCUCAAUUGCCCAUAACCUACAAAGCAACUGUGUCCCCAACUGAAAGUAGAGAGCAAUCUCCACAACCAGAACCCCACAAACCUUCAAUUACUUCUCAGUUUACUAGUGUUACUAAGACGACCGUGACGGAAAUGGUGCACCAUGCACAUGAUGUUUCUCGCAAGCCCCAAUCGGAGUCCCCAUCUUCAUCAAGAGAGUCAUCGCCUGAGCCUGAAUCUCAUAUCUCCAAGCCCGUGCUUCCCGAACAGACAGAGAAAGCCCCUGACGACCUAAAGAAAUUACCAUUGCACCCAACUGAAAAGGAGCCCUCAUCUCCAGUUGAAAGUGACAAAGCAUCUCCAGAACCCCAGUCCAAGGCACCUUCACUGAUCCUUCCUUCUGAUCGCGAACCACAACCAAAAUCUGUGUCAAGAGAACCGUCACCUGAGCCUAAACUCCAUGCUGUCAAGCCUACCGAAUUGGUGGAGGACAAGGAAAAACCUCAAGAUUCGGAGAAGCCAUCGCUUCCCGAAACCCGAAAACAAGUCCCAUCUCCAACUGAGACUAGGGAUGUUUUAUCGGAACCAGAGAAGCAGCAGCCUGACUUCACCUCCGUUACAAAGACAACCGUCACACAGAUUGUACGCAAAACGGAGGGUGUUCCUGCUGACACUGAACGUCGGUCUCCAUCGCCAUCAAGGGAACCGUCACCAGAGCCUAAGUCUGAUGCAUUGAAACCCGUUUCACCUGUCCACGGGAAAGAACAGCCUGACGAGUUGAAGCCACUCCCAUUGGCCCCAGGUCAUCCAGGAACUCCAUCCCCAACUAAGAGUAAGGAGCCAUCUCCAGAAAUCGAGCCCCACAAACUCCCAAGUAUUCCUCAAUCCACCCGUGACGCGGAACCACACCAUGUUCCUAGCAAGCCCGAACCGGUGUCUCCAUCUUUGACCAAGCAACCAGAACCUGAGCGUAAGCCUGAUACGUCCAAACUCGUGUCUCCUGUCCAAGACACCCAACAGCCUGAUGACAAGCAGCAACCUCAAUUGCCCAUAACCCACAAAGCAACUGUGUCCCCAACUGAAAGUAGAGAGCAAUCUCCAGAACCAGAACCCCACAAACCUUCAAUUACUUCUCAGUUUACUAGUGUUACUAAGACGACCGUGACGGAAAUUGUGCACCAUGCACAUGAUGUUUCUCGCAAGCCCCAAUCGGAGUCCCCAUCUUCAUCAAGAGAGUCAUCGCCUGAGCCUGAAUCUCAUAUCUCCAAGCCCGUGCUUCCAGAACCCCAGUCCAAGGCACCUUCACUCCUUUCUCAAAUGACCAGUGUCACUAAAACGACUGUCACAGAAAUUUUAAAGGAAACUGGUGAUCUUCCUUCUGAUCGCGAACCACAACCAAAAUCUGUGUCAAGAGAACCGUCACCUGAGCCUAAACUCCACGCUGUCAAGCCUACCGAAUUGGUGGAGGCCAAGGAAAAACCUGAAGAUUCGGAGAAGCCAUCGCUUCCCGAAACCCGAAAACAAGUCCCGUCUCCAGCUAAGACUAGGGAUGUUUUAUCGGAACCAGAGAAGCAGCAGCCUGACUUCACCUCCGUUACAAAGACAACCGUCACACAGAUUGUACGCAAAACGGAGGGUGUUCCUGCUGACACUGAACGUCGGUCUCCAUCGCCAUCAAGGCAACCUUCACCAGAGCCUAAGUCUGAUGCAUUGAAACCCGUUUCACCUGUCCAUGGGAAAGAAGAGCCUGACGAGUUGAAACCACUCCCAUUGGCCCCAGGUCAUCCAGGAACUCCAUCCCCAACUAAGAGUAAGGAGCCAUCUCCAGAAAUCGAGCCCCACAAACUCCCAAGUAUUCCUCAAUCCACCCGUGACGCGGAACCACACCAUGUUCCUAGCAAGCCCGAACCGGUGUCUCCAUCUUUGACCAAGCAACCAGAACCUGAGCGUAAGCCUGAUACGUCCAAACUCGUGUCUCCUGUCCAAGACACCCAACAGCCUGAUGACAAGCAGCAACCUCAAUUGCCCAUAACCCACAAAGCAACUGUGUCCCCAACUGAAAGUAGAGAGCAAUCUCCAGAACCAGAACCCCACAAACCUUCAAUUACUUCUCAGUUUACUAGUGUUACUAAGACGACCGUGACGGAAAUGGUGCACCAUGCACAUGAUGUUUCUCGCAAGCCCCAAUCGGAGUCCCCUUCUUCAUCAAGAGAGUCAUCGCCUGAGCCUGAAUCUCAUAUCUCCAAGCCCGUGCUUCCCGAACAGACAGAGAAAGCCCCUGACGACCUAAAGAAAUUACCAUUGCACCCAACUGAAAAGGAGCCCUCAUCUCCAGUUGAAAGUGACAAAGCAUCUCCAGAAGCCCAGCCCAAGGCACCUUCACUCCUUUCUCAAGUGACCAGUGUCACUAAGACGACUGUCACAGAAAUGUUAAAGAAAACUGGUGAUCUUCCUUCUGAUCGCGAACCACAACCAAAAUCUGUGUCAAGAGAACCGUCACCUGAGCCUAAACUCCACACUGUCAAGCCUACCGAAUUGGUGGAGGACAAGGAAAAACCUCAAGAUUCGGAGAAGCCAUCGCUUCCCGAAACCCGAAAACAAGUCCCAUCUCCAACUGAGACUAGGGAUGUUUUAUCGGAACCAGAGAAGCAGCAGCCUGACUUCACCUCCGUUACAAAGACAACCGUCAGACAGAUUGUACGCAAAACGGAGGGUGUUCCUGCUGACACUGAACGUCGGUCUCCAUCGCCAUCAAGGGAACCUUCACCAGAGCCUAAGUCUGAUGCAUUGAAACCCGUUUCACCUGUCGACGGGAAAGAACAGCCUGAGGAGUUGAAGCCACUCCCAUUGGCCCCAGGUCAUCCAGGAACUCCAUCCCCAACUAAGAGUAAGGAGCCAUCUCCAGAAAUCGAGCCUCACAAACUCCCAAGUAUUCCUCAAUCCACCCGUGACGCGGAACCACACCAGGUUCCUAGCAAGCCCGAGCCGGUGUUUCCAUCUUUGACCAAACAACCAGAACCUGAGCGUAAGCCUGAUACGUCCAAACUCGUGUCUCCUGUCCAAGACACCCAACAGCCUGAUGACAAGCAUCAACCUCAAUUGCCCAUAACCCACAAAGCAACUGUGUCCCCAACUGAAAGUAGAGAGCAAUCUCCAGAACCAGAACCCCACAAACCUUCAAUUGCUUCUCAGUUUACUAGUGUUACUAAGACGACCGUGACGGAAAUUGUGCACCAUGCACAUGAUGUUUCUCGCAAGCCCCAAUCGGAGUCCCCUUCUUCAUCAAGAGAGUCAUCGCCUGAGCCUGAAUCUCAUAUCUCCAAGCCCGUGCUUCCCGAACAGACAGAGAAAUUACCAUUGCACCCAACUGAAAAGGAGGCCUCAUCUCCAGUUGAAAGUGACAAAGCAUCUCCAGAACCCCAGCCCAAGGCACCUUCACUCCUUUCUCAAGUGACCAGUGUCACUAAGACGACUGUCACAGAAAUGUUAAAGGAAACUGGUGAUCUUCCUUCUGAUCGCGAACCACAACCAAAAUCUGUGUCAAGAGAACCGUCACCUGAGCCUAAACUCCACGCUGUCAAGCCUACCGAAUUGGUGGAGGCCAAGGAAAAACCUCAAGAUUCGGAGAAGCCAUCGCUUCCCGAAACCCGAAAACAAGUGCCGUCUCCAGCUAAGACUAGGGAUGUUUUAUCGGAACCAGAGAAGCAGCAGCCUGACUUCACCUCCGUUACAAAGACAACCGUCACACAGAUUGUACGCAAAACGGAGGGUGUUCCUGCUGACACUGAACAUCGGUCUCCAUCGCCAUCAAGGGAACCUUCACCAGAGCCUAAGUCUGAUGCAUUGAAACCCGUUUCACCUGUCCACGGGGAAGAACAGCCUGACGAGUUGAAGCCACUCCCAUUGGCCCCAGGUCAUCCAGAAACUCCAUCCCCAACUAAGAGUAAGGAGCCAUCUCCAGAAAUCGAGCCCCACAAACUCCCAAGUAUUCCUCAAUCCACCCGUGACGCGGAACCACACCAUGUUCCUAGCAAGCCCGAACCGGUGUCUCCAUUUUUGUCCAAACAACCAGAACCUGAGCGUACCUCCAAACUCGUGUUUCCUGUCGAAGGCAGCCAUCAGCCUGAUGACAGCAAGCAGCAAACUCAAUUGCCCAUAACCCACAAAGCAACUAUGUCCCCAACUGAAAGUAGAGAUCAAUCUCCAGAACCAGAACCCCACAAACCUUCAAUCGGUUCUCAGUUUACCAGUGUUACUAAGGCAACCGUGACGGAGAUUGUGCGCCAAACACAAGAUUUUUCCCGCAAGCCCCAAUCGGAGUCCCCAGCUUUAUUAGGAAAGUCGGCACCUGAGUCUGGGUCUGGUAUCUUGAAGUCAUUUGUUCCCGAACAGGGCAAGAUAGUGCCUGAGGUUCCCCAAAGGCAAAUGGAGGUAAUAUCAACGCCUCACACCCCAGGGGAGAGCAAAAGUGGGCCAGGAACCAUGCCCUCCUCCUUAUCGGAAGUGUUAUCGUAUGAUGGUGAUGCUAGUCUUAUAUCUGCUGUGGAGGAAAAGCCGGAACGAGAUGUCUUAGAAGAGGCAUUUGUGCUAACUAAGGACACCACUGAGGUUGAACUUCUGACAUCGGAACCUUUCUCUACGUCACCAACCGCUGGAUUGUAUAGCUUAUCGUUAGAUGUUAGCAGUAGCUUUACCUCAGACGUUGAUCUAUCGACUAGACUUUUAUUAGGAGACGUAAUGACGAACGAUACUGAUAUGAAGACAGUUUCCGAAAGGUCUUUGAAAUCGCUUCCCCCGAAAUCAAAAGAUUUCAGUAAGGAAGAGAAAAAGCAAGAAAAAAUUAGGGCUAAGACCACGAAAAUUAAAAGACCACCUACUUUAAGGUACAUAUCUCCAAGCAGAACUGACAGGAGAGACGACAGUUCAGAAAAGCGUCAUUCAAAAGAUGUAGCCGGCCGCCAGUAUAAACGGGAUGUAGAGAUUUUAGCUAGUUCCAGAUCUGAAGUCAAAUCCGUAUUACCUAAGCAUUCUACACAGUCUAUCCAGAAGCCUAAAUCGAAGCCAGAAAAGUUGACAAGCGAGAGAAAGCAGCAACAAAGUGUUUCGACUCAUGAAUAUUCCAUACACGAAAUAUUCGGAUCGCGAAAAGUUCGGAGCACGUUGAAGCCACAUGAAAAGGAGCAAGCACCGAAAACUGGGAAACCGAAAGCUAGGUCCACUGAAAUUGAAAGCGAGAAAACUCCUGAAGUGAUCGCUCAACAACAAGUCAGGCUGAUUAAAUCUACAGAUCAAAUGAAAGAGAUCAGGACUAGGCAAAUUAAGCAACAGCACAAGCCGACCCCCGAAAGAAAAAUACAGCCAGUCGCAAAAAAAACAGAAUUGGUGAUGAGCAGCCCCAAGAAAACCGUUGGACUGAAGCAAACUGAAAUUAAAUCUUCGGUCAGGAAUAUGGAUUAUAAAUUCACCAUGGAACAAACUCGCAUCUCAUCACCGAUUCAAAGGAAGUUUGGGUAUAUGCAAUCAACAGUUUCAAGUGAACUUAAGGUUAGUAAACAUACCGAUCUUCUGGAAAGGAGAUCGGAGCAAAUUUCGGAGUACAAAAUGGAAGGUAGCCAAACCCAAAUUGCACGACCUAAGUCCCGUCAGCGAAGUUUGACACCUCAUAGUGAAAGAGACGGGCAGAAAUCUCCACUUAAGGUCAAGCCGGCGCAAAAACCGGUGCAAAGCGAUUCAAAGGCUUCUACUCCCAGUAAAGUGGAGUCUAUGCCUACGAAGACAGGUCAGUCUAAAUCGAGCACGGUAACGAAAAUUCCAUCGAGACCGAAAAUGCAAAAACCACUGGAUUCAAGAACUAAAAAACUAGAACCCAAAGACAGACAAGCAGAAGUACCAGGCAAACUUCCAACCCAACAAAAACGUGCUAAGCCUCGAAUUUUCGACAAAAGCCUGCCUUCUGAUAGAACCCUCACAAAAGAAGAGAAGAGUUUGGAAAACAUUUCGAAAAUGACUACCACAAAACUGAUAUUAGAAAGGACGAAUGUAACGAGAACAUCUGCUCCGCAUACUCAACGAAAGCCUACCAAAGAAGUGUCCGUGAAACAGAGCUUCCACCCAAUCCGCAAGCAGCCCCUCCCAAGUCACACUGAUGCCAAGGAGAAGAAAAUUACCAAAGAGGUUCAAAACGCACGCAUCCAGCAUAUCCGGUUGGGAGAAGCGACGCUGAGGUGCCAGUCAGCACUCCAAUAUGCCAGCCCAGACGUCGCAACCUCAACAACAGACAGCGUUACCGAUGACUCCGCACACCGCAGAGAGCCAUCCUCUCUUCCGUCCAGCCCUAGCCGUCUCCAGAAACACAAACCGGACAAUGGUACAAAAUUAAUUACAAGUGAAGUUUUUACUAGAACCAUAGAUUCAUCUAAGUCAAUUGAAGUAAUUUAUAGACAGCCGUUAGGAACAAGUGAACUUGUUAGAAAAGCAAACGAGUACAAAUAUAAUGAUUUCGAUGUCAGUUUUAUAGAAACUACAGAUUCUAGCUUAUCUGACUCAAUUGCACUGCCAUCAUCUUCAUCAGAUCACGAUUUUGAGUUUAAGCGUCGUCGGUCGAUUAGCCCCGCUUCGCCGAAGCCCACAAAGCGGCCUCUUCACCUAAUCGAGGAAAAGCUGCGGCGAACCGAUGCCUUCCUGCGGGCCGCUACUAUAGAGGACCAAGAUGAGAUGCUCACGUGCGUUCACGAGAUCGCAAUCGGCAGCAGCUUUCCGCUGAGUGGCAACGUUCAACUCGGUUCGAGUGACCAGCUGCCACAGCUACAAGUACAGGUACCGCCCGCGGCGCCAACUAGGCCGCUGUCACCAGCCUUGGUUGAAUUGGAUGCCAGUUCACCGACACUACACGACGGCCACACUACCUUACAUUACAGUUCCAUUCACCAGCCAGGUAAUUUGUUCAAUAACGGAAAGCGCACGAUAGCACAAAUUUCUAACAAUAGAGCCAAGCCAGUAACUAUGUCUGAAAUACCAACAAUAUCGGUCACGGGGCACUACCAGAGUGAUGUUUCCGAAGGAGAGAUGAGUGACUGUGAUAUGAAAGAUGUUCUAACUGACGUUGAAGACCUGAACGACGGCGUGAAGGAGAAGACGAGUCUGAAGGUGCAUUCCAAAGCGCGUAAAUCGAAGAGUUCGCCUGUUGCUACUGAUAUUGAGGACUAUGUCGAUUCGUCUGAUGACCAGGAGGAAAAGAUACGUGCAAACGACGACAUGCCUCUUUCACUAACAGAAUUUUUAGAACAUGGUACCGUUGAAACUAAUAACGCGGCCGCUGAUAAGACAACUACGACUACCACACAAAGAAGUGGUGCUUUGUUUGCUCCGCUAAUCAAUGACGACCAAGGAGGGGUGACAGAUUGUGAGAAUUACAAUUCUUCGGGAGAUGAAUUAUCUAUUGCCGAUGACGCGGAUGAAAUAUCAAUAUCUGCUUUCCUCAUUGAAUCAGAAAAUGUGCAAAUUUUGGACAAAAUUUGCCAAAAAGCGUCUUCAGACUCUGAAGAUGCCGAAAGCGAACUAUCGGUCUCUGAAGCUGGAGAUGUAUGUAACCCCUACGAAUUAUCAGAUGCUGAAGACCUGGCCCUUUCUGACGUUGAAGAUAAUGCAAUGUACCAAAAGUUAUGCGCUGAAGUAUCAGUGAUUUCAAAUAGGAAGGAGGAUGUAGAAGACCAAGAAAAGACGGAUUUUAUGGCAACAACGCUGAUCAUACCAGAAAUUCAAGAAGACAAUAUAACAGAUACCGAAGGAAUUGAAAUGGAUUCGGAUGCAGAAAUCCUAGAAAAUGGUUCUACUCGUAAUCUUCAAAUAACCACUAAUUAUCAAAGCUCCCAUCGGCACUCUUUAACCGACGUCGAAGACAUAGACAUCGGUGAUGCUUCUGAUUUUUUAACAGAUCCCCCGCCAGUGAGCGCAUCCGACAUACCCGCUGCUGUUCGCGAAAUAACUAUAGUCAAAGCCGAUGUAUCUGGGCAGCGUGUCACCAAUACAAUGCCACUUCAAGGAAAUCCUAACACCGGAAUUGAUACCUUUCUCGAUAAAGGUGUUACCGAUGUUGAAGAUCUUUCCGACGAUGAAGAUUAUUACGAGUAUUCAAAUAGCAGAACAAUCGAUCAUAUUCCCGAGCCUUAUAUCGAUAUGGCAAGAAAUGUUGAAAUAAUAAAAGAUACAACAGCCUCGUUGGGGAUUUCCACUGAAGCGGAGCCUACGACAGAUAUUGAAGAGAUAUUCAUGGCCGGGACAGUUCGUCGAAAAAAGACCGGAAAAUCUAAAAGUCAAAUGAAAAGCAAGAAAACUCUACAAACCAAAUCUCAGGAGCACUACCAAGAUGUCACUGAUAUUGAGGAACUUGAUGUAAGUGAUGCAGAAGCGGCAAAAAAAUCUAUGAAUUCUUUGCAAAUACCUUGUAUUCCUGCAACAGGAAAGCAAACUCCCGAAAUAAAAACAGAUGUUGAAUAUGUGAGUGGUGACGACGAGCAGUAUAUUUCAGAAGGGGAAGAGCGGAAUGAGCAAGUUGUCAAAGCGAUCAAUGCAACUAGCUUCUGCUCCACAGAAACUACCAUUGAAUCUGUUUAUCAGUCUGGGUCUCCAUAUAAACGAAAGGAGACUAAGGAAAUUCGAAGAACAACUUUUGAAAUUUCAGAGCAUACAAGUAAUCAGAACUUGACAGAUGUAGAAGACAUAAACUUACAUUCAGAUGUGGAAGACACCCAGACGUUCCUAGUGUCUUCCUAUUCAAGAGCAGCAACGGUGUCGCCCAGCGAACUUCAAGACGCCCUCAAUGAAAGCAGUGUCUCCAUUGUGCAUGAUAAAUGUGGAAGCGCAUUCGACAUGAACAAAGAGAGACACUAUAUUAAAGGACUUGGAGAUUGUGUCGAUGCACACACCGACGUUGAAUACAUAGAAGACGAAAACGAGCCGGAAGAAGUAGAGCAACUCAUUCAAGCGGAUGAAACAUUUGGAGAUCAGACUGUCUCUGAGCACACUGAAGAGGACUAUGAAAAUAUACGCAAAGAAGCUCUGACAUUAGUCGAUAGUGUUUUAGAGCAAAGUGUAAUGAUUGUAAGUGGGCAGCAAGGCAACGACACAUAUAACUCGGAAAGCGAACAUUACGCCAUCACGUGUGAUGUAAAUGGCAUUGACAUGGUAAAGUCACCAACUAUUGAAUCACUGUCUGGAAAAUCAUUUGACGAUAAUAUCAGUGUUAAUGAAGAUAGUAACAUUAAAAUGACACCAUGUACAAGUGUAACAACUUUCACUACUACAACUUCUACCUUCUUACAACCAACAACAUCUUCGUCGUUGAUCGUUGAUAAGGUUGAUAGUAAUGGUAACAAUGGGGAUGAAUUAAUUGCUCGUGAAUUAGAAUACGAUCCUAGUGACGUCAUUGCCACGUCUCCAGCCGAUCAAGAAAAUUACGAUAUCGAUAACAGUAAUGCUAACGAUACCGAUCAAGACCGCGAACACGAAAACGAACAAGCUCACUUGAUCGAUACCGAUCGAGUCGGAAAAAAAUUCGAGCGUAUUGAACGGAAAUUCGAAAGGCUUUCAUCCCAACUGGACGACAUUGAAGAAAGUGCCAAUUGCUUUGAUAAAGAAUUCGAUAACUUGUUGAGUAGAGACGAUGUCAGUAAUCUGCAAAGCGAUUUCUCCAAGAUCAGUUGGGAUGAAAGCGUUUCCGGGACAACAACUGCGGCUGAUGUUGGUUUAAGCACUCCCGAUAAUGAUUUGCAAGAUUUACCAACAGAGCCAGCCAGUCAAAUGAUUCAAACCACUCCCACUACAGAAAGUCAAAUACCGAAGCCAACGCCGCGCACAAGAAGAUCAAUAGUUGGUGAAGUGGUUGCUGAAGAUGAGCGAGCCACCGAACGUGUCGCUGAACAGGUUAAAUCCGAAGCGACUCAGGAUCCACUUGAAUUGAAAUUAAAAACUGACACGGUUGUUGAAGACGUUGAUUUCAAACAGAGCAAAAAGUUUUGGGAGUCACUAGAAUCGCAGUCACAAAGUGAGUCCCAAGCGCCACCACCAGUACCAAAGCCAAGGAUGCAGGUGAAACUGGCUGAUGAUUCGCUUGACUCAUUGAAAGAUAGCAGUCAUGGUUCAAAAAUUUCAUCGGAACAACAAAUGGAAUUGUCUGACACGAGUAGUCUGCACACCUCUAUUAUCGACGAUAAGUAUAGUCGCGAAGAAGACUCAGAAAUGAGUGACGCGAGGAUUGAAGACGAAAUGUUUCCUGGCACCGACCUCGACAGAUCGGAGUCAAAAUCAACGGGAACAGAUAAGGAUAAGAAAUCUGACAGACCGAUCAAUGAAUUAACCGAAGAUACUGAUGAUGAUGAUUCUGAAGGUGGGCCAAAACCGCAAGCUAGUUUCUACAUUGGAGAGUCAAGCGCUAACAUAAUAACAAAAUCCACAACAGAGAAGCGCCAAGAUUACGCCUUUGACAAUAAAGGUUAUGAGGAGUGCUCAGAAGAUGAGAGGCAUAUUAAUCAAACAGCAACUGAAUCGGCGCCUGACGAAGUACAACCCAGCUCUAGUGAACAACAAAAAAAACCUGAGGAAAGUCGUUUCGACGAUUUCCAAGAUGGAAAGCCGUAUGUUCUCUCCAUUGAUAUUCCCGAAACGAGUCAGGAUGAGUCGUCUGAAACCAAAUUAUUUCGGCAAGAUUCUGAAACGAGGAAUGAUAUCUUGGAAACUUCGAUAGAUAAUGAAGAAGUGGAAGCCACCCACAAACAUAGUGAAACUCGCGAUCAUGCAAAGUUAGCCAUCAGUGAAGGUUACGAGACGCAACAUAUUUUCUAUGAGGACCAAAUCAAGCCAUUAGCGCAACAGGCAAUAGAAAAGGAAAUUAUUACCCAUAGUACUGAAGUAAUAGAAGCUAGGCCUGCGGUUAGUUCAGAAAUGCACGAAACACAGAGCAUUAUCCCAGUAUGUGAAGCUUCUCAAGAAGAGAAAAUACCGACAACCUACGAGGAAAUCAAGGAGACUGCUACUGUACAAAAAGGAGAUUUAGAAACACAAACCGUUGAGCCAGAUAAAAGUGAAACAAAAACUAAAACAGAACCCAAGCUUGAAUUAAACUUAGAUAAAAGCGAAUUAGAACCGUCUGAAAAAAGUUUCUCUAGAGGGAAAAGUGAUGAUGUACCGAAAUCUUCAGGCACAGAUCAGAAAGUGAUACUUUCCCCAAUUAAAUCAUUCAAAGGAUUCACAACUUAUCAAGAAACUUCUGAUGGAUUCAAGAAAACACUUCUCAUCGACCCGAGCCAAGUAGAUCAAAGUAUGGUUGAUCAAACAUUAGAUGAAGUCAAAGAAUCAUUGGAAGCGGUUGAGGAAGAGCUCAUCGAAGUAGUGAAAGAUGGAAAAUUGAUCAAACAAUCACCAUCAGAAUUUGAAUUCAAGCUUCUCCCACAUAUUAAAUACACUACAGACACCAUACAGGAGUCGCAUCAAGAAGAGACGGAUAAACAAGAAAAACAAGUUGCCGAUGAAUAUCCUUCGAUUUCGUCUACAGAUGAAUCAUCCAGCCGGGGCGAAGUAGUGCAUCGGCUCAAGAAGGAACACCAAACGGAUCCGUUAAAUAGGUGGUCUGUUCCAGAUGUGGACCAUUCAAGUUCCGGUGAUAGCCACUAUCAAAGUUUCGAGAAGACAGAUAGUAGGCCGCUAUCGUCUGAUAUUGAAAACCUUGCUACAUACGCCAAUUCAUCUGAAUACCAAACCGCGUUAGAUGCAUCGCUUCUUCCAGAAUCAACGGAAUAUGUAAGCGCAGUUAGCACUUUUGACCACAGCGGAAAAACAAUAAGCUCUCAUGAAAGUAUGAAAAGUCUGGAUUCAGAAAGUUCGGCGAACUUAGGAAGCAUCGAGGUAUCUGAAAUAUCAGAAACACUGGUGCCUUCGAUAACAGACCCUGAUAUUGAACGCGAAAUACAAGAACAAGAUGAGGAAGAUUUCGAUGUUGAUGAUAGCGAAGUUAAACUUUCAACUUUAGAAGACAAAUUCUGUGGGGUGCUGAUGGAAGAUUUCCAAAAACCUGAGGAUGACGUACCUUCGCAAAUGAAGCGUUCACAUGAAAUGACUUUCCAGCCCGAUUCGCCAAAGGAGUCCUUAGAUGCACAAACGGAUCUGCAGCAGGACUCACUUGAAUCUUCACACGAAAAAGAGUCCACACACGGAUGGAAAAUUGCAUCAAAUGUUGAGGAAGCUCGAUUAUCCGACGAAAUAAAAUUUGCCUCGAGCUUAGAAGACGGAAGUGUGCUUUCGAUGAGCCUCUCUAGUGCAUCAUGUAUUGACACCGUAGUGGAAAACGCCGAGGAUCUUGCAGGUUCUUACGGAGCUUCAUCGUUAGCAGGAGCUGAAGUACUCAUUAAAGAUGAUUAUACAGGAACGUCAUUUGAUGAACCUUCAAAGACAGAAAAGAUUGAUAGUUUAGUAAUGACUUCUUCUUUGGGUAUGGAUGAUGAAACAAACUAUGCAAACACACAAAUUACUACAGUAACUGUGUCUUCGGUCACUCCAGAAACGACAGAAUCGGAAUCAAAGCGCAAAGGACACAAGAGAAGUGAAAGUACCUCUAUUUCAAAUGCAGAUUUUCUAAAAGAUCUCGCCCAAUCUAAAGGUACAGAUUCUCCCAUAGAGGAGGAACCACUUGUUGAAAAGUCCCCCGAUAAAAGCACUCCGGCCUAUUAUGAAGAAAGAAGGGAGAGCGAAUCUGAAUCCGAUUACGAUGCAUAUGAAUCGGAAUACGCCCGAGCUUUUAAGGCACCUAAAACACAGAAAAAGCAAAAAGAAAAGCGGGUGGAGACUUUCGAGAAAGAAGAGCCAGAGAAGCGGCCUUUCACCCCAUCUCAAUCUGUGAGUGAAGCAAUAAUAGAAGAUGUCGCUGAAGAGAUAGAAACCAUGAAACCUGAAGAACCAUUACGAAGACCUUCACAGAACAUGCAAGAUUAUUCAAACAUUCCUGAUAUCACUGUCACUGAAGAUUUACAAAAAUAUUCAGAGGAGGAGGAUGAUGAAUUCCAAGACAACGUUCUCUAUAAGGCAAAGACACAGGAGGAGCUAGAUAAAAAGGAAGACGACACACCUAUUCACUACGCGCAGGAGCAAAUGUACUCAAUCGCGGAAGAUCAAUACCAAGAUUUAAUUCAAAGAGACUACGAAGCGAAGCUAGCAGAUAUCACAACGAAAUUUGCUGCAGAUGAAGAAGAGGAUAAGGCUGAUUCACCCGACUCUUUCGAAAUGCUCGAACAACCCGAUAUUUCCGAUGAAUUUGUCAUAAUUGAGGAAGUUGCUAAGGAAGCACAUGAGCACGACCCAGAAGGGAAAAGUAUAAAUAUAAAAAACGUCAAAUACGUGAAGAAGCAUGACGAGGAGGUCGAACAAAUUCUUGUUAAAUCUGCCCCCGCCGCUCCGAACGCAGGUUCCACAAUGUACAGGGAUGAUCUAAACUUUGAAUUCGAAGAAAGCCCUCCAACAGACCAAGAAAAAGACAAUGAAGCCGGGGACUCAGCUGCUGCUAGCAAACGCUGGGUUGAAAUGCAACUAUCCGAUAAUGCAGCCCACCUACGAUAUCCAUAUGAGAUGGAAAGGGGCAUGCUUGAGGAUAUCAAGGAGGAAGAUACUGAAUUUGAAGUGGGAAGUAGUCGAAUCAGCAGCUUCAAAGAUUCGUUUUCUAGCACUCCGGAAUAUGAUGUCCUAGCUGGACGGAAAUAUUUCACUCGCGACCACGACAACGUAUCAAUGAGCAGUCUUCAAGAAUUUGAAAGUUUGGAGCAGGCUAUUUCGUUGGAAAAUCGACGGGCUCAUCAAGGUUCACAAGAUUCACUUAGCAACGGAAGCUUUACCAAACGGUACAUAGCUAGAAGUGCUGGACAAGGAGAUGACAUUUCUCUUUCUAGUCUCAAAGAGUUUGAGGGUUUGGAGAACGCUUGCCUUGAAGCCCACUUAAUAGAAAUAAAGGCAAAGGAGGAAGCUGCCUUAUUAUCACGAUCGGAUGAAUCGAACAAAUCUUCGAACGGUGACGUAAAAACAGCAUCCACAACCGUGACCACAGUAACAUCUGUAACAACUGUCUCUCAUAAGGCAACAUCUGAGAAACCACUUGGAAAGACCCAGCAAGAAAUCGAAACCUUGUUGAGAGCUAAGCUCGAUGAAUGUGAAGAAGACGCCUCGAAUAUCAUGGAAGUGUCUACGGAUAGUCUUGAGUUAGCAUUAAAAAAACCCAAGUCACCAACGGGCAAUGGAAAUGGAAAGGAUGAUUCACAAUUAGGCAGUUGCGAUAGUUUAGAAAUUAACAAAAGCGGUGAUAUAAUGACCAGUAGUAUCGAUUCAUUCGAAAUAUCGAAAGAUGCCACGGCCAGAUCAUCUAGAUCGGACGUAGAUUCGCUAGAGCAGCAGAUCCUUCAAGAUGUUCGGCGUGACAGCAUUGACUCGAUAGAACUGGAAUACGCACUUAACGUUUCCAAAAUAGAGAGAGAUUCCCUUGACGAAAAUGCUAAAACCCAAUCAUCAACGACUACAACAACAACAACAAUUGUACAAGGUCCUUCUCAGACAAUAACUCGUGUAAUUACAACGACUGUUUCAUCUGAGCCGCAGCAAAGUGAAAUUUGUAAGGAUAUGUCAAACGAUUCAUUAAAUUUGAAUCCUACAGAAGUGGAACAGCUUCUUAGUAGCACUGGCAGCCUGGAUCAUACUAGCUCCACUGCUACAAAUGCAACAUACCAAAACGAAAACGAUUCACAAAUGUCUGGGAGUAUGACAAGCUGCGGUUCAAAUACUUUGAUUGACACACUCGAAACCAAUUUUACAGAUAUUUAUCAGGGAAGUAGUUCUAGCGUGACGUCAACCACAACAUCACAAAUAACAAUUUGUGGUGAGAGUACAAUGCAACAACAGUUCCAUCAGCAAUUCCAACAGCAACAACAAUUCACCAAAGAGGGUGAGAAACGCUACGAAUAUUUCGAGAUAUUUGAAAAAGAUAGUGAAAAAGAUACCCAAAAGGUCAAACAAGGAGGUGAAAGCAGCAAAGAACCUCAAGGACCAGACGAACAGAAAAAAUAAAUGAUAAACACAUGCUUUGUGAAUUGUUCCAUGCAGACACUUCAAACGAACUUGAUUUCCACAUAACUUGAACUACUUCACAACGGAAAGCCUAAUCCGGAAAAUAACCUGCUCACCACUGGCAUUUUUCAUCAACUUCAACAAAAGUUGCUUCAGCUACACUCAUCGAGUCCCGUCAUCCUUCGAAACUAUAUAAAUCACGAUUACUUUGUAAUUAUAUUUCGAAACAAACCAAAGGGCAAAGACCCGCAGUUUCAUAUGAACUGAAAAUAUCUUUUAAGUUUAUGGAAAUUACUGAACCAAUUGGAGCUUACUUGCUUAGAGUAUAUUGUUAAAAUGUUAAGCAAUUCUGAAUUAAUCGCUUAAAUACAUUUCGACCAUUACCUGCUUUCAAAAAUCAUCUUGAGGAGUUCUUUCAAAUUCACACUUCAAAUCGUCAUAGAAUCCCGUAUUGUUACGUCAUUUUAAUACGAAUAGGUUACCCAUGAUCCAUGUUUGAGGAGGUAAUGGAAAGUGAGUACUUUUAAGGAUAAUAAAAUAUAAAUAGAAGAAAGUAAUGACUUCAUACAAUAACCUAUAAAUGUUUUAUAUUACAAUAUUGAAUAUUUCAAGAGGAAAUUAAGGAAAAUGAACAUAUUUGAAUUAAAAAAGCUCGAAAAUCACUACAAUAGUCAUACAAACUUAUGUCUCUUGUAUAACAUUAUCUGGACAAAUGUUUUAUUGCUACGCUUCAUAAAUUGCAUAAUGUUCUUAGGUAGAUUAUUUUUUAUUUAUUUUUAACAUUGAAUUCAAGCGGCGUGAGGAGUCCCAUACAGAAACGUGAAUAGAUGGUAGUUGUAAAACAGGAAGUCUAGGAUGUAGAUUUUACAUGAAAGAUAUUGUGCAAUUUAUUCAGUGCAUGGAGAAGCAACUUCAUUUAUUGUAUCAUUGCGAAUAUUAUUAAUAAAGUGCUUAAAAUUGA